AUGUUAACGCCCGACAGGCCGCCUCCGGAAGACUACUACCAAAACAAUUGUCGGGUCCUCAUCAGCUUUGUCUUGCAACGCUAUGCGCAGCUGUUGAUUGCUACUGAGCACCAGAUGCUGGAACGUUUCAUCAGCCUGAGCGAUGACAGCCAACGGCUGUUUGCGCGACUGCUGACCCGCAAGCCACUUGUGCGUAUCGAUCAGAUUGAGUAUGCCGAGGUGGGUGAUCUGGCUGCUGCCCUUGAAGAGCUGACAGUGGCCGCGCUGAUUGAAUUGAAUCCAGCAGUGGCCGCGCUUGAAGUGCUUGAUCUCCUGCGCAAAGCAGAGUUGCACGCCGAGGUAAAAAAUUUACCCAAAAGUUGUAAGAAGGCUGAUCUGCAACUGGCGUGGCUGGAUGGUCGCUGCGAUACACAGGUGCGUAUCCGUGUGCGGAAGACGGUCAGCUGGUUGCGGGUUGCGCGGCGUGAGGUCUGGGAUCUGGUGCAAUUGCUGUACUUCGGCAGCCGCAGGCACGACUGGUCCAGUUUUGUGAUGCGAGAUCUUGGCAUGGUGGUUUAUGAACCUGUGGCCAUGCACACCCACCAGUUUGCCAAUCGCGCCGAGUUACAACAGACACUUAAGUUUCAGCGCCUGGGUGAUCUCAGUCAGCGGCUCGACGAACACACCCAUCUAGCCGCUGCGCUGUCAGCCGAAUUGAUGCCGACAGUCUCUGAUCGAUUUCUCAGGCGCAGACGUGCUCGGGCCUUGAUGCGUAUUGCCCGAUGGCACGAACGCAGUCAGUCCUGGUCCGAUGCUGCGCAAGUUUACCAGCAGGUUGAACGGCAUCCGGCACGUGAACGCCUGGUUCGAGUGCUGCACAAACAAGGCGACCAACUGGCCGUUGCAGGAUGGCUGGAAGAAAUCAGCCGUGCGCCGCUGUGUGAGGAAGAAGCUCAGUUUGUAGAACGUUUUGGUCGACGCCAGGCAGGCUAUCAGCCACCCACAACGGUGAUUGAAAUUGACCAGGCUGAACCGAACAUAGAAGCUCAGGCAUUAGAGCUGCUGUUGCGUCCCGGGGCCUGGGGUAUACAUGCAGAAAAUACCCUGUUCAAAACAUUAACCGGCCUGAUUUACUGGCCAGUGAUUUUUUCAGACAUUCCUGGUGCUUUUACCAACCCUUUUCAAUCGGCACCUAACGAUCUUUUUGAUGAUGACUUUGUUGAGGUCCGUGCGGGUUUGAUUGAAGCGCUGGAGCAACGUCUGGCAGACGAUAACAACCUGGCGACACACCUACACCAUAUCAUCAGGGAAAAGCAGGGCAGAGCUAACGCCCUGGUGUAUUGGCCGUUGCUGGAUUCGGUGUCACUGGAUGAUCUGCUUGAAGCUGUCCCGCUGGAUGAUAUACGUAAACUUUGCGCAUUCAUGUUACGGAAUCUGUCGCAACGUCGCGCGGGUAUGCCUGAUCUGUUCAUCGCUUAUGGUCCCAACACCUACGAGCUGGUCGAAGUUAAAGGCCCUAACGAUCAACUACAGCCGGGACAGCGGGUCUGGUUCAAACAUCUGCAACGGCUUGGUAUUCCGGCUCGAGUGGGGCGCGCGGUGGAUGCCGAAGAGGGCAUUGUCGUGCAGCGGGAACUGCAGAAGUUACGUCUGUCAGCUGACCCGAACUAUCAGUGCGAAGUAGCCGUUGGAUUGGUGUUUCAAACGCUGCCUGGGGAACGCAGGCUCAGGGGGCGAAUUGACGGCUUAUCAACAGAAGCUGAUUGUCUGGUUGUCGAAGAGAUCAAGUGCCGUGGCGCGCUGCCUGCCCAGGCGGAUCCGGUGGAUUUUGCCCAGGCAUUGAUCUACGCCGGCAUGCUGGCAUUGAAGGACGAUGCAGAUACGCCGCGUUACAAGGUGCGUGUGGUGUAUGUCCAUGCCGACACACGUCAGACGGCCGAAUUCACUGAGACAUUAGAGCGAGCCGUUGUUGCGGGCAGUGUCCAGUUCAUGCUGCUGUGCCUGGUUUGUCGGUUACAGCGCCACUAUGCGCGCAACCUGGCCCGCCUUGAUUGGGCGGCGACGCUGGAGUUUCCCAUGCAGGCCUUCAGGGCUGCCCAGCAAGCACUGGCCAGGCGAGUUUAUCAGGCGCUUGCCAGACAGGAGAAUCUGCUGCUCGAAGCGCCUACGGGUAGUGGCAAAAGCCUGGCGGUACUUUUCCCUGCGGCAAAAGCGCAAAAACUGGAAGAGCAACUGUUUUUCCUCACCAGCCGCAAUGCCGGUGCUGACGCUGCGCUGAUGGCCUGUCGACAGAUUGACCCGCAGGCUGCUCACUGGGUGGUUGUGGAACUGACGGCAAAAGCAAAAGUCUGCCUCAAUCAGGGCGUCGCCUGUGAUCCAGAAAACUGCCCGCGUGCGAUAGGUUAUUACGACCGCGUAAACCCGGCGGUUGAUGUCCUGCUGGAAUACAAAUAUGCGGAUCGGGCAAGGAUCGAACAGGUUGCUCUUGAACAUCAGGUGUGUCCGUUUGAGCUGUCUUUGGAUCUGGCACUGUGGGCUGACGUGAUUGUCGGUGACUACAACUAUGUAUUUGAUCCGGUUGUGCGCCUAAAACGCUUUGCCGAACACCGACAGUUGCAUUUGCUGGUGGAUGAAUCUCACCAGUUAAGUCCUCGUGUCAGCGAUAUGCUGACGGUGCGGUUUGAUCGGGCUCUGGUGCGCGACGCCAAAGCCACUACCCAUGAAAUCAUGAAGAAGAAAGUGCUGUCCAUCGACAGGGCUUUGCUGGCCCUGAAACGCACAUCCGGUGAAGGUGAACAGGUUCUGAGUGGUCCGCAUGUCCAGUUGCAGGCCCCGGUUAAAGCGCGGCUCGAUGCGUUACAGCGUGCGUGUACUCGCCUGCUGGAAACGGCUGCUGAACAGGAAAUCGAACUGGGCGCUUAUCCCCAGCUGCAGGCUUUGAUUUUUGCUGUUUCGCGCUGGUUGCGAUCUGAACAGUGGGUCAGUGAGACUGAAUUUGUUCACCUUGUUCAUUCGGAAAAUUCAGAAAUCCGGGUGUCGCGUGUGUGUCUUGAUCCCGGUCCUUACCUGCAGCAGAUCUUCGCAGGUCAUUGUGCAGUGGUGAGAUUUUCAGGCACCGUGACGCCAUUGCCCCUUUACCAGCGCCUUCAUGGCCAGGCUGCAGCAGUUGGUGAACGUGCCCAGAAUCCUUUUCAGGCUGAGCAGGCUGCGGUGAUGGUGAUCAGGGACAUUGACACCUACUUCAAUCAACGUGACGCCAGUUUGCCGAAGCUGGUCCGGUUUCUGAUGGAUCUGCUUGAAGCAAAAAGCGGUCGAUAUCUGGUGGCGCUGCCUUCAUUCAGUUACCUGAGGAAACUGGUUAAUGCCCUUGCUGCUAAAGACGUAGUGACCCUUGCACAAACACCCGGGCAGGAUCAGAUGCGCAGUGGUGAGCUCCUAGAUCAACUCAGAUCACUCGAUGCGGGUAUUAUCUGCAUUGUCAUGGGCGGCGUGCUGGCUGAAUCCGUGGAUUUUUCCGGCAUCUCGCUGCAGGGCGUGGUCAUGGUUGGGUUAGGUUUGCCGCCGCCUUCGCUGGAACGCGACCUGAUGGCACAGUUUUUUGAGCAGGCAGAAGGACCGGGUUGGGGUCAGAUGGUGGCGUAUACACAGCCCGCGCUGGUAAAAAACUUGCAGGCUGCAGGGCGAUUAAUUCGCAGUCCUGAGGAUUUCGGCGUAAUCUGUCUCGUCGAUCCGAGGUUUAGCGCGCCACACGUGCAACGAUUUUUCCCCGUCCACUGGCAACCUCGGACAAUUGCUGCUGCCGAUGUGCAGCAGCACGUAAAACAAUUUUGGCAAAUUACCGCAGAUCACAAGGAAAGCGACUUGCAAUGA